UUUUAACUGAAAACUUUGGUAUUUACAUAAGUAAUGUCAGUUUCUAAAUACCAGAAUUGAUGUUAUCAUCUUGAGAAUAUCUCAGUCUUGUGCUGUUGACAUUCCAUGGUCUUUCAGUAAAUUUAAUUAUCUUCGUUUGUUCAGACAUAACAAACACAAUUGAUAAUAGUGUUCAGUUAUACAUGUAUUAUCGUUUAUUGUAGGCAAAGUUAUUAUAAACAAUUAAGUCAAUAUUAAUCAUUUAUAUGUUUUUAUACUUUAUAAUCAAUUGGAAGUAAAGUUUUAUCUCUUUUUUAUAAGGAAUCCGCCUAUGAAAGAAAAAAAACAACGUUAUGCUGCUUUAGUUCCGAGCAAAUUUGAGCCAACAUUUAGGAGCAACACUUCAUUACAGCAGUUUAUGGCAUUGCAUAAUGAUGAAGAACCAGGCAACUCUAAUUGCGGGAGAGAAUUAUAUGUUAGAUCAAGUGAAACAACACGUUUCCAAUUAGCCCAUUGUCCCUACUGUUCUUUGUAUACUAGAAAUGAAAUAUCCGAUCGUCAUGAAACGCUCACUUCGGUUCAAUCAAACGAAUCCUAUAGAGAGCAAAAUAAAAAACGAAAGAAAGAUCAGUCACAAACUCAGCAGUCUAAACGGAGUAUAACAGAAAAAUAUAUCAUUGAAAAUGCAAAACAAAAUCUACAUUUAGACAUCAUGCCAAUUCGUCAAAAUGACUAUGACAUGUUCAUGAAUUUUGUUAUAGAACUUAUAGCAAACGAAUGUCAGGUUGCGGAAAGUACAGUAUGGUCGGUCACACUAGCAGGGUUUUGUGAAGCUCACGAAGUAAACAACAAAGAAAAGGAAACGUUGUUUGUUAUAAAUUGUGAAAGGAUUAAUCUUUGUCUAAUAAAAGAAACAUUUGAAGAAUUAACUUUUUAUGGAAACAUUGCACGGCCAAAACUCCUAAAAUAUCUGAAAGAAAGGAAUCCUGAAUAUGAUUCUACCACUUCAGAAACGUUUAUGUUCAUAAACUUCAACGGGACACCGUUAUUUGAACGUUGGGAAGAUAAAGAUGACCAAAAUGAAAGCAACAUUACUACAAAAGAGAAAGAUACCAAGCAGCGUUCCAAAGUUAAAAGUUCAACUGGUUCUUCUAUCAAAGUACGUCCAUACAUGAAGGAAUCUGAGGAAAACAUAGACGAAUACAAACCCAGACGGCAACAAAACUCAUCCGACCAGCCUUCUGAAAGUGAGCAAAUCAAUAGAUGUUUCAGUAAAACCAGCACAUUUGAUACAAAGGAAAAUGAACCUAUAGAAGAAGAAAGAGCAUCAAAAAGCGCUUCAAAUCAUGAAAAAGAAAUCAGCAACAAAGCAGAGGACGAACAAGAAAUAGUUAAAAGUCAGAUGAACGAUAUCAAAAAGAAGGAAAUCGAAUCUUUGGAAGUAGAUAUGGAAACGGAGACAGAAAGCAUCACAGGAUGGUUGUCCCAUAAAUUCUGUGAAAUUUCUUAACCCAUAAUAUAUUUCUGAUUUCUAAAGGUAUUUCAUUUCAAGCUAAUAUUGUUUCCUUCUGCUUCUUUAUAAAAAAAACAACAACAAAAAACAAAACCAAAAAAAACAAAAACACGAUAUUAUAGCACAAAUUCACUUGUUUGCCAUUGAUCAUUUCUGUUACGGACAUAUAUAUUGUUGUUUUACUUUAUGUUAAAGUCGUAAAGACUUAAUGUGUGUUUCAUUCCAGGGUAUGUGUUUAACCUAACGUUUAUGCAACAUUGAAGUACAUACGAGGGUUGUCCAAAAAAUUCGUGCACUGCAGUUAUUGUCGUGAGAGUUAUUAAUAAAAACAUGAAUUAUAUAUAACUUGAAGGGGAAAUCUGUCUCAUAUAAGAAAACAUAAGAAAAAGCCGUGUAACCGGCGUGUCGUGAAAAAGAAUUGUCAUUAAGUUACCUUGGUAACGCAAUACCGGCGCACGACAAAAAAAUGGGUUAGUUCAUUACUGUAAUUGUAUUAAUUUUUUGUCGCUUGUAGAGUGGCAUUUGCUUUUUAUGUCAUAAUUUGUUUUAUUGUCAAUAGAGGAAUGAUUGAUGCAAAGUAUUUUUUUUUGUUCUAAUGCAGCGUACAUGUUACAUAUUCCACCAGUGCACAAGUAUAUUGGACAACCCUCAUCAAAUGCGCCCGCAUUACGGACGAUAGCCUGACCGGUUGUCAUCAUCUACCACCUCUCGCCCCUCUACAGAGCAUUUUUGCCAUUAAAAAACCAGCCUUCCUUAUACUGAACUUGUCACCCUUGCCCUUUUAAAUUCUUUGUAGGCAUCUGUCGGUGUUUUACCAAUAUUUGCCCAAAAGUUAAUGAUCUUCCGUAUUUCCAGACGUUUAGUGACUUAAGAUUUCACAUAAUUACAGUAUUGACGACCACACAGAAAUGUUUGUUUACGACCGUUAUAAUAGGGCAAAUGACGUCAUAUUUUCUAUUGCUGUCAGGAAUACGUACACACACUUUUCCCUGAAUUUUUAUAUUCAUGUGCAGUGUUUAAAGAAUACUGUGAUGCAUCAAAGUCAUGAACUAACCCAAUUUUUUGUCGUGCUCCGGUAUUACGUUACCAAGAUAACUGUAUUACGAUUUGUAUUCACGACACUCCAGUUACACGGCUUUUUCUUUUGUUUUCUUAUUUGAGACAGAUUUCCCCUUGAAAAAUAUAUAAUUCAUAUUUUUCUAUUAAUAACUCUCACGGCAAUAACUGCAGUUCACGAAUUUUUUGGACAACCCUCGUAUACAUAAAGAUUAUAAUACUGUGAGUAAAUUCUUUUCAAAUUACAGGAACUAUUACAUUAUUUUUAAAGAAGCACGUCUCCAGAUUCAUGCUAAUUUUCAUGAAUUUUUUUAAAAUAUAUUUGAAUGUAUAAUAUUGUAAAAUAAUCAAAAGGAAGCAAUUUACAGAUUAUCAAUGGCACUUACAACCCACUAAAAUUACCAAAAAGUGGUCAAAAUAUGCAUUAAAAGCCCUUCCUUCAUUAGUAACGCAGUAGAAAUAUAGUUGUAAAUACUGUAAAAUCAGUCAUUAAUCGCACAUAACACGUAUAAUAUAACUUGAAUCUUUAACAAUUUUUCUUUUUUCAUAAAUCUUUGUACAUAUAUCUUAAGUUUGAUGUUAUUGAAAUAUUGUUUUCUCAUUAGCUUUAGAUGUUAAUUAAGUGAAUUGCGUAGCGUUUGUUCUUGACUAUGCUUUGUUGUCCUAUAUAUGUUGUUUAAAUAAAAUGUUAGUCAUUUUUACACUAAAGACAAACAAUUUUCACAAUGUUGCAAACAAACGAUUGAAGAACGGUUUUUGUUUGUUUACUGUCCAUGUAAAUCUCGAGUUAACUUCUUCUUUGUAAUAGUUGACUUUGUUAUGUUUCAUUACAAAGAGACAUUGUAUCAUAGUUUGGGGACCUUUCUGUUGAAUAUGUUUCAGAUUUAAAUCGUAUACAUAUACAUGCACAGUGCGUUAACUGGAGUGCAGGUAUUAGUUACCCGCACUGCAGAGCAUGCUCAUUGAUUGGUUCAUUUUGUCUGGGGUUUACAUAUUGUGACGACGGGGAAAGGGAAAGCGAUAGAAAUAUCAUAUUCAGAUGCUCGUUUAUUGGUUCCUUUUUUCUGGGGUUUCAUAUUGUUACAUCAGGGAACGUGUUUUUAUUUUUGACUAUGAUACAAAAGAGAAAGAACAUCAAAACACUCUGUAAUCUGAUUUAUACUCGGGAGCUAUGCCCCCUUGUACAAAUCAGAUAGCCUCGUGUUUCGAUGCUCUUUAUAUAGGGUUAAUUAAUCAUUCAUUAAUAUUGAUCCAACAAAAAUAGAUAUUUGUAUAUAGAUAUACUAUUAAGCACAUAUAACCUACAUUUACUAUAAUGAUUGACUUGUCUAUGUGUAAAGUUGUAUUCACAAGUCUGAAGGGUGGGUGGGAAUACGACUUGACACAAUCAAAGGGGGCGAUAUAACAAUUAAAUAUAGCACAUACGUGUAUUUUCUUCUGUUAUUAUAUACCUGCAAAAUAAAU